CGAGAGUAUAGGAAAAGCAAGAAAGCUUGCUAUGUUGACCCGAAAUGUAAAAUACUCAAUAUACCCGAUCGAAGUUUUAGUGUGCGGUUUCAUUUGCAGUCGUCGAACAACGCGACAACGACGUUAGCCUUAGCAGAGCUAAGAAAAAGAUUCAGGAACACCAAAGGCUUCCUUUUUCCGUUCGCCGUUCGGUGGUGCCCAUAGGAAAACCCAUGUUUACGGAAAAUACGCGUAUGGUGACUUUUUCUCAGUCUUCAGUGUUCGUUGCUUCGCGUCGUAUUUUCAAAGAGUGGUUCUUCACAGUUAGACACACUCUUGUGGUGAAAACUUUCAAAAUUGAUAAAUGUAUCUUGACUUAACUUACAAAAUUAAACUUUAUAAAUAAAAUCGAUAAAACAUCUCAAGUGUUAAUAUACAACAAAAAAAAGUUAAUACCCAUAGCACAUCGAUAAAUUUCGGGCGCGUAUCCUUAGUGCGCGCGUUUUCUUAGUUUACUGUGAUAGUUUGUUUCUUGGCAGCAUUCAAAAACAUCCCAUAUGCUAUCACAAAUCUUCAUCAUCCUCAUGAACAUCAUCAUCAUCAACACAAUCUAAAAAUUGAUGCGAAAAUCAACAUGAGUCCAGCUUAAUUUGAAAUCUUCUCCAGAUAUCCAUUGACUUGGACAAAGUCUAUUGGGGAAAUCAAAUAGAACUCCAUCAGCACUGAGCAGAACAGAACAGAGCAGAGCACAGAGCAGAAAAGUGGUGCCACACAAAGAAAGAAAAUCAAUUUCAAUAUCCCAGUGUUGCGGAAACAUGUCACCAUCCCUCUGGCCUGACACUCGUACAUUGGGCUUGGAAUGGAAUUGGGAGUGAACUCAGGGAAAAAAGGGGUGGAAAAUCAAUAAACAAUGAGUGGAAUGAAUGUGUAAAACGGGAGUGUCACGGUGCACACACAAAAACUCAUAUUAUAAAAGGGAGACCUCCCCCAAGGGACUUUGUCCGAAUCUCUGCAUUUCGGACUUACAAGGCCAAUUUUAUGCGGUGUGGAAUUAGGGCGAAGAGAACAAAUACAAAAUAAAAAAUCAAUUCUCGUUAAUAUAUUAUAAGCCUCUCUUGACUGCAUGGAUUACUGCAGUACUCGCAAGUAUUCGGAAUACGCUGGUUCGACCCAUCCCAUGACGAGCCGUGUUGGCGUGGACGCUGUUCUUUCAGGUGGCCCUCCUAAUCGGAUGGCACCGAACGUAACUGUGGUGGCUGGCCAUCACAGACAUCAGCAAUUGCUUCGGUAUCAAGAGCAUCAGCAUAGAUUGGCAGCAAUGCAUUCUUCUGAAGGACUUUAUCAGCAACAGCAGCAGCAGCAUUGCUUCGAUAGGUACAUUCCGUCAGUAGGCUACCCAGCCGAGUAUCACCAAAACUCUUUUGGAGCUGCUGCCGGACUCGGCUAUGGAGCAUUGGGAAGGAGAAGCUUAGCAUCACCAUACCUGAAUCCGCACUCACCCAUGUCACACCAUCUCUAUCAUCCCGCCCAUUACGACAGCACGUACAGUGGCCGGAUGAUUGGAGGUGGUGGGACAGGUCCAUCAGCCCUGCCAUACCAUCCUUAUCGAGAAGGAUACGACCAUCAGCAAGUAGGUGCACCAUCUAGCAUUCUACACUACACUGCUGCAAGGAACAGUGCUUUUCAGUAUGGGCAUUCUGCUACUGCUGCAGCAUCACAACAGCAACGGGACUAUUUGCAUUUUUAUCCAUACCAUCCUUCAACCUUUGCGCCGGCAGAGCAACGUUAUGCCCAGCAUAAUCUUCAUUCAAUUAAUGGCCUGCAAGUUCAAAGCCCCAAGGAUGAUGGACGAACGAAUAAAAGGAAUGGCCAACAUAUCACAGAAUCAGAAGCUUCUUAUGUCCACCACCACCAACUGCAGCAACAACAACAACAACAGCACCAACAACUCCAAAACUUAUCAUCGUCGUCGUUGUCGUCGUCGUCGAUGGGAAAUACAAUGAUUGCUUCGCCAUUGACCAGUGGUAGCACGACUACAGAUAGUGGAAUAAGUGGAAGUUCGCGUUGCGGAAGCACACCAAUUAGCAUGGUUACAACGAGUGCAGGAUUUCCUGGCAGCGAGUAUUCAGUGAAUUCCUCGAAUGGUGGAGGCACAGAAGAAAACUGCGGCCCUCCGAAGGACUACACUAAGGAUGAUCAGGAGAGUAUAUCUGAAAGAAAUGAGGAAAUCGAGAAUGGAGUUUCGAGUACAAAAGAUCAGCAACUCAGUCCUAAUCCAUCGAACAUCAAAUCCCCAUCAUCCAACCACAAUCGUGAAAGUGAAAGGACAUUUUGUGAAACUCAGUGUGCUUCCAGUCGAAGAACAGACUGUUCAACUCCAUUGCUUUCAACACCAGAACGUUGUGGAACUCCAUUCGUUUCCGGCAGCCAUCCGUUAUCAAACUUCCAUUCACCCCAUCGAUAUCCAUAUGCUCAAAACAACCGAUCACAAAAUCCAUGUGAUACAAAUGAAGCACCCUCUAAUAGUCCUAAGCCAUUAAGUCCGCAAUCUUCUAGCCCAAUUCCAAACAUCAAACGCAACUAUCAUCCUGAAUGUACACCAAGUAAAAUAUUCGAGGAGAAGAAAAAUCGAGUAGUCGAAUGUGACCUAAUUCCCAGUAAAAAGUCCAAACGAAAAACCCUUGAAGCUGAAGAAAUUCGAGAGAGUAUUCGGAACAUCAAACCUCUCCCAGGAUUUCAGCAGGCUUUUGGAUCGACAGAAAUCGGGCGGUUUUUUGAAACAUUUCAAAAUAUACCUUCAAGUCCGUAUACCUAUGACUUUGAAGUAGAUAAUAUGAGUCCACAGCCCUGGGAAAUAGAAAAUUCCGGAGAUGGAUCCCAAUACGAUGUACAAAUCAGUGCAUCCUUACAGACAAUGUACAAAAGUCCGUUAGGAGAUAAGAAAUAUUUAACUGGUAUUCGAUGUAAUGGGUAUUAAAAAACAAAAAGAUAAAUUAUCAAAAAACUCAGCAUCGAAAUGAAAAGUCCAAAAAUAAUCAAAAAUUUGUAAUGUGAGCAGUGAUGCCAAAUCAUUUUUUUUAAAGAAACAAAGAAUUUUUGUAUUUAUUUGUUUUUGUGAAUAAAACCUUAAAAAAAAGUGUUAUUGUUGUAUAAAACAUGCAAAUAAUAUAAAAUACAAUUUUCUAUAGCCCUUGGUACGUGCCUUUUUUGGACAGAAUUAUUAUAAUAAAAUAUUUAAAUUUAUAUAAAUAAAUUAAAUAAAUUUACAAUAAUAGAAACGAUUUAGUGCAAGUUUAAAAUAAUUAUUCUCUACACUUGAAUUUCGAAACAUACUAAGCUCUUUUUCACAAAAUUUUUGUAUUUGCUGCACAAAUUUUGUUAAAAAUGUUUAUUAAUUAAAUUAAAUUUAAACAAAAUCUCUCUAAUUUUUCCAAUACUCAUAUCCUCAUUAUAAAAGAAUACAAAAACGCAACUAAAAUUUAAAGUUGUCUUCCUCGUCAUUUUAUUUAUUCUGUUUUCAUAAAAUUCCACUCUUAGCUCCAUAUUGAAAUACUUAAAAAAAACUCAAGUCUCUUGAAAAUUAUUUGCACCACAGAUUUAAAACAAAUAUUAACAAUAAAACAAAUUUAAAUAAUUCAAUGUAAGUGAAAGUACAAGAACAUUUAUUUACUGUAUUUAGUUCGUAGAAAAAUGGUAAAUAUAAUAAAAUCAAAAUAUUGAAAAUAAUCAAAACAAACAAAAAGACACUUUGUACUUUUAAAAGUUAUUAUUUAUAUAUUCCAAGGAAAUAAUGUUAAGAUUAAGAAUAAAUAUAUAUACAAACAAUUAGAAUAAAUUAAUACUGUGCCAUUGAGUUGAUGAGAUGAACAAAAAUAAAAGUUUGAAUUUACAAGAAAUGAAAACAAAGCUGAUAAGUUUAGGGAUUUUUUAAAAUGUGUCAAAGUUAAAAUUAAAAAUUAUUUAAUUUCAAGUUUAAUUGUUUCCUUUAAUAAUUAAAUGAUUUAUUUAUAAAAUUAUAAUAUUAUCUUUACAAUACAGUGCCUUAUAAGUUAACAGUUUUGUAUAUUAUUUAUAUUUAUUAAUUUUGCAUUGGAAAACAAAAUGUCGAUAAUUUUUGUUUUUUUUUUAUUUCAUUGGUUUUUAUUGUUGAUUGCUUAAUUUGUUAUAAAAAAUAAUCGAGUUUUGAAUUUAAAAACAAAAAAGUAAGAGAACGAAUAGAAAAUAUUAUUGUUGUGUAUAUAAUGGCAGGUUUCAUGUGGGCCCAAUUUGUCCUCACACAAAAAAUAAAAAUAUUAAAACCUUAGAAACAUACAUUUGUAAUGAACAAAACAAAAUGUUAUUAAACACAAAAAUGUUAGAUUAUAGUUGUUCAGAUGAUUGUGCAUUUCUUAGCUUUUAAGAUUUCAUAAACAUAGUUCUAGUUCUUUAAUAAAAACAAACGUUUUUUUGUAAGUAUUUAAAAAUUUAAAUACUUCAUGCAAAAUAGAAAAAUAUUGUUGGUUUUUAC